UGCAUCGCGCCCGUACUUCAUUCAUUACGGCCGGCCGCUGGCUUCCAUUGUGGCCAGAUCGGAGCACGUGAUAGCAGCGCUGAGGGAGAGACCGGGCGACAGGAUCAUCUCCAUCACCUCCGCAGAGCAGCGCGGAUGAAACACCGGUCAUCACCAGAGCAGCAUCACGGGAAAAGGCCCCGUGUCCCCGCCGCGGCUGCCUCCAUAUCACCGCCUGACGGAAUGGAGGACAAAGCACCGUCAAAUCCGCGGGAACUCACCCAAAACCCGCUUAAGAAGAUCUGGAUGCCGUGUAAAAAUGGCCUUCCUGAAAAACACAUUUCUCAGAGAAAGGUAUGUAUGACCAACUGUCCCACCCUGAUCGUGACAGUUGGUCUUCCUGCCAGAGGGAAGACCUAUAUCUCCAAGAAGCUCACCCGCUAUCUGAACUGGAUUGGAGUGCCCACCAGAGAGUUUAACGUCGGGCAGUACAGGAGAGAGUUUGUGAAGAUCUACAAGUCCUUUGAGUUCUUCCGUCCAGAUAACGAGGAGGGGUUGAAGAUCAGACGACAGUGUGCUUCAGCAGCGUUGAACGAUGUGCGACAGUAUCUCACAGAAGAAGGAGGCCAAGUGGCGGUUUUUGAUGCAACAAACACUACCAGAGAAAGAAGGGAAACCAUCAUCCAGUUUGCAGAGCAAAAUGGCUUUAAGGUGUUCUUCGUGGAGUCUGUGUGUGAAGAUCCAGAUGUCAUACAGGAGAACAUAGUGCAAGUGAAGCUAGGUAGCCCCGACUACACCAACUGUAACACAGAAGAAGCAGUGGAAGAUUUCAUGAAGAGGAUCAAGUGUUAUGAAAACUCCUACGAGACCCUUGAUGAAGUCUUGGACAGGGACCUCUCCUACAUUAAAAUCAUGGACGUGGGUCAGCGGUACUUGGUCAACAGGGUGCUGGACCACAUCCAAAGCCGGAUCGUCUACUACCUCAUGAACAUUCACAUCACACCGCGCUCCAUCUACCUGUGCCGCCACGGUGAGAGCGAGCUCAACGUUAACGGUCGAAUCGGAGGAGACUCAGGCCUCACACCGAGAGGCAAAGAGUUUGGGAAGAAACUGAGCAACUUCAUUCAGUCGCAGGGCAUCAGUGACCUGAAGGUGUGGACCAGUCAGAUGAAGAGAACCAUCCAGACAGCUGAAGCUCUCAGUGUGCCCUACGAACAGUGGAAGGUCCUCAAUGAGAUCGAUGCAGGCGUGUGUGAGGAGAUGAUGUAUGAGGAGAUCCAGGAGCACUAUCCUCUGGAGUUUGCUCUGAGGGACCAGGACAAAUAUCGCUAUCGGUACCCGAAAGGAGAGUCCUAUGAGGACCUGGUGCAGCGGUUGGAGCCGGUCAUCAUGGAGCUAGAGCGGCAAGAGAACGUGCUGGUUGUCUGUCAUCAGGCCGUCAUGCGCUGCCUGUUGGCUUAUUUCCUGGACAAGACAGCAGAGGAGCUGCCCUACCUGAAGUGCCCGCUGCACACUGUGCUGAAGCUAACGCCAGUGGCCUACGGCUGUAAGGUGGAGUCCAUCUGCUUAAAUGUGGAAGCCGUCAACACACACAGGGAAAAACCAGAGAACGUAGACGUGUCGCGGAUGUCAGAGGAGGCUUUGCUAACAGUGCCAGCUCACCAAUGAGGCAGUACCCCCCUCCCCACCCCCCCCCUCCUCUCCCCUCUUUACGCACACUGUAAUCCUUCAGACGCACAAUGUACCUGCCGUCAGCAGCCUCUAGUCUUUCCUCUCCACCUUCCUUUGAUUGAAUCACUCUUCACCGCUCUGAUCUUCAGUUUUUUUUCUCCACUUUUACUUUAAGAUGUGAUGAUGGUGGUAAUUGACUGGAAUCCAGUUUCUAAUUCUGAUUAUUGAUCCUAUGACACGGAUCUCGAGCACGUUCUCCCAUUUUUGGAGAAUGAAUGAAAAUCUAUGAAGAGUUUUUUUGAACUGAUGCUGUUAACCCAACUGUGAAGCAAUGAAACUCCAGCACCUUUUUUUUUUUUUUUUAAUUAUUGAAGUAAUUAUUAGUGAUUGUUUUCCUAUUGAUCUUGUCUGUUGAAGUGAUUUUACUAUGUUCACUUUUAGCAGUGUCUCAUUACUUUAUUUCUGUGAAGAAGUCAGGUUCUCUCAUAUCAGUUUUACAGCAGUGCACAACACAAGGCAAGGUUGUGACUUUUUAUAUUUUGCACAUAAAUCAACUGUUUAUUUCCUUAUUAAAUGUCCUCUAUUACAGUUUGUCUCCCGUUUUAACACUGUCUAAUGAACAUACUCUAGGUACAGACACUUUGUUUUAUUGUUAUUUGUUCAAUGUGAAGUUUAUUACAGUUUAUCCAUAUCACUGAACAGACGUAACAGGAGAUAUUUCUGUUUGUUUCUAAAUAAACUCCACUCAACCAUUUCAUGGAUCAUUACCACA